GGUGGCGGCGCGGCUGGAUAGCGGGAGAGAGCACUCAGGGCGCCAUCAUGUUGGACGUCCUUAAGCCGGUAACCUCACUGAAGCUGUCGACAAAGCCUCGCGGAGAAGGCGCUGUGUUCAAGCUACACUACCGCGCCACCUUCGUCUUCAUCAUGGGCUGCUGCAUUCUGGUGACGGCCACACAGUACAUCGGAGACCCGAUCGAGUGUUUGCCCGACAAGGACUCGAUCCCGCAGAAGGUCAUCGACACCUACUGCUACAUCACGUCCACCUACACACUGCCCAAGUACUACAACAUGAAGGUUGGCGUAGAGGUGCCUCAUUGGGGCCUGGGGCCUGAGAUGGCCGAGGACGAGAAGGUCUACCACAACUACUACAUCUGGGUGCCCUACAUGCUGUUCAUACAGGCCAUCAGCUUUUACGUGCCGCAUUGGAUCUGGAAGGCGAUCCAGACGGAUAAGGUGUACACGAUCCUGAUGGGGCUGGACAAUCGGUCGUUGGACGAGGCGGAGAAGAAGGACAAGGAAAAUCUGCUCGUCAAGUACCUAGCACUGCACCUCCAUACGCACAACGUAUGGGCGGUUAAGUACAUAGUAUGCGAGAUACUCAACUUUGUAAACGUGUUGGUGCAGAUCAGCAUCACCAACGCCUUCCUGGGCGGCGAGUUCACCAACUACGGUCCCAAGGUGGCGAGCUUCCUCUGGCAGGACCCCGAGGACCGCACGGACCCCAUGUACGAGGUCUUCCCACGCGUUACCAAAUGCAAGUUCUGGAAGUACGGUCCCUCAGGUACGGUCCAGAAGCACGACGCACUGUGCGUGUUGGCGCUCAACAUCAUCAACGAGAAAAUCUACGUCAUCCUGUGGUUCUGGCUCAUCAUUCUCUCGGUCAUCAGCGCGCUGGCCCUGCUGUACCGAGUGCUGACCAUGGUGUCGCCAUCAUUCCGCGCGCGGAUCCUGCGCCAGCACGGCGGCACACUCCGACCGAGCCCACUGGACCCGAGCGCCCGCGACGCCGUCGACUCGCUAGUCCAUCGCUGCCAGUACGGCGAUUGGUAUCUUCUGCACAGCCUUGGCAGGAGCAUGAACAACCUCACGUUCCUGGACGUGCUGCGCGCUCUGGACCGCGAGCUGAACCGGUCGCACUCCUCUGACUACGACCUGAAUGAGAAGAACCUGCUAAAGGGGAAGGAUGUGACCAGUGUAUAGUCGGUGGCGCAGACAUUGUGAGCAUCUGUUUUCAAUGUACGGGCUACGAGUCGCACCUUUGCGAACCAAAGAUCAACAUUCUUGAAGACAUGUGCUAUGUGCGCAUGGCGCAUUACACUUCGCGACACCCCUGUGUUUACAAUUUUGCAAGGCGUGGUUUUGUGAGGUCAUUCGAAACUGAAAUGAAAUGUGGUUUGGUGAA